CGACCCCCUCUCAACAGGACCCGCCCCGGCCCCGGCCGAUGGACCCCCCCGCGGCCAAGCGGAGUCGGAGCUGCCCCGCGGGACCGAAGGAGCGCGAUGCCGGGGCCGGGGCCGUGCGCGGCCGGGGCCGACCCGAGACGCUGCUGGACCUCAGCGCCAAGCGAGUAGCCGAGAGCUGGGCCUUCGAGCAGGUCGAGGAGCGCUUCUCCCGGGUGCCGGAGCCGGUCCAAAAGCGCAUUGUGUUCUGGUCGUUUCCACGCAGCGAACGGGAGAUAUGUAUGUACUCGUCCCUGGGCUACCAGCCUCCAGAGGGCGAGCACGACACCCGGGUGCCCUUCACCCGAGGGCUGCACCUGCUGCAGAGUGGGGCCGUAGACCGCGUGCUCCAAGUGGGCUUCCACCUGAGCGGGAACAUCCGGGAGCCCGGAGGCCCCGGGGAGCCCGAGCGCCUCUACCACGUCUCCAUCAGCUUCGACCGCUGUAAGAUCACGUCUGUGAGCUGUGGCUGCGACAACCGUGACCUCUUCUACUGCGCCCACGUGGUGGCCCUGUCCCUGUACCGCAUCCGGCACGCCCAUCAGGUGGAGCUGCGGCUCCCCAUCUCCGAGACGCUCUCCCAGAUGAACCGGGACCAGCUGCAGAAGUUCGUGCAGUAUCUCAUCAGCGCCCACCACACCGAGGUGCUGCCCACUGCCCAGCGCUUGGCCGACGAGAUCCUCCUCCUGGGCUCCGAGAUCAACCUGGUGCAUGGUGCCCCAGACCCCACGGCAGGUGCAAGCAUUGAGGAUGCCAACUGCUGGCACCUGGAUGAGGAGCAAAUCCAGGAGCAGGUGAAGCAGCUGCUGUCCAAUGGUGGCUACUAUGGUGCCAGCCAGCAGCUGCGCUCCAUGUUCUGCAAGAUUCGAGAAAUGCUGCGAAUGCGGGACUCCAACGGGGCGCGCAUGCUGAUCCUCAUGACGGAGCAGUUUCUGCAGGACCCGCGCCUGGCCCUGUGGCGGCAGCAGGGCGCCGGCAUGACAGACAAGUGCCGGCAGCUGUGGGACGAGCUGGGGGCCCUGUGGGUGUGUGUAGUCCUGAGCCCCCACUGUAAACCGGAAGAGCGGGCGAGCUGGCUCCAGCUGCUUGGCAAGUGGGACAAGUUGGAUGUGUGCCCGCUGGAAGAGGGCAACUACUCUUUCAACGGUCCAAGCCUGCAACCUACCGCAGCCCUCAACCCAGCCGGCCAUGACCCUGCUGCUAGGCCAUGCUGGACCUCUCCCACAGGCCCGGAGGAGGAGGUGGCUGCAGGUUCCCGCCACACCGUGUUUGGCCGAGCCCUGCAGGCUGGGUCACUGCAUUGGAGUGACCCCCAUCUUCAGAGGAUCCUGGCCAGUGACUGCUAUGGCCCCAGCCUCACAGGCCAUGUGGGCAGCGACAAGGCAACCUUUGACCCCCAGGGCCGCCCCCUCUGGCUGGGGGAGCCAUUCCCCACUGCUUGUGCCCGGGUGGACACCCUGCGUGCCCAUGGGUACCCCCGCCAGGCCCUGCGGCUAGCCGGAGCCAUCAUCAACACACUCCGGCUACAGCGGCGGCAUCAGCUGGAAAGCUACAAGCAGCAGAAAAAAGAGCUGCUACAAAAAGGCUCCACCUGCAUCACCAACACGGAAGGAUGGGUGGGUCACCCCCUGGACCCCGUCGGCUGCCUCUGCAGGGCACUCCUGGAGGCCUGUCGCCUGGAGGAAGAUACCCUUGCCCUUUACUCAGACGCGGGCCCCGAGAAGCGGAAGGUGGCCUACCAGCACGUGCAGGUACCUGGGAGCUCUGGGGAGUCCUACCUGGCGCUGGCACUGGAGGUGGCACUGCUGGGCCUAGGACAGCAGCGGGCCCUGCCCGAGGGGCUGUACGCCCAGGACAAGGUGGUGCGCAACGAGGAGCAGCUGUUGGCACUGCUGGAGGAGGUGGAGCUGGACGAGCGGCUGGUGCAGGUGCUGCGCAAGCAGGCGGGGCUGCUCCUGGACGGGGGUCCCUUCAGCGGCUUCGGAGAAGUGCUGUUCCGGGAGAGCGUGCCCAUGCACACCUGUGCGUGCUACCUGUUCACCGCCCUGCUACCCCACGACCCCGACCUGGCCUACCGCCUGGCGCUUCGAGCCAUGAGGCUGCCUGUACUGGAGACAGCACUUCCGGCGGGCGAUCCUCACCCCAACCCACUGGACUCCGUCAUGAGUAACCGCUUCCCCCGCUGGUUCAUCCUGGGCCACCUGGAGACGCGCCAGUGCGAGCUGGCCUCCACCAUGCUGACUGCGGCCAAGGGAGACCCCAAAUGGCUGCACACAGUAUUGGGCUCCAUCCAGCAGAAUAUCCACUCUCCAGCCUUGCUCUUCAAGCUGGCACAGGAUGCCUGCAAGACCGCCACCCCGGCCAGCACACCACCGGACACCACCCUGCUGGGCAUUGCACUGGAGCUGGGCCUGCAGGUGAUGCGGAUGACCCUGAGCACCAUGACCUGGCGGCGAAGGGAGAUGGUGCGCUGGCUGGUCAGCUGUGCCACGGAGAUUGGUCCGCAGGCUCUGAUGAACAUCAUGCAGAACUGGUUCUCCUUAUUCACGCCGGUGGAGGCGGCCACCAUCGUGGCAGUGACAGGCACCACCCACGCCACGCUACUGCGGCUGCAGCUGGAUGCACCCCGGCGGGAGGAGCUCUGGGCCUGCGCCCGCGCCCUGGCCUUGCAGUGCGCCAUGAAAGACCCGCAGAACUGCGCCCUGCCCGCUCUCACCCUGUGUGAGAAGAACCACGCAGCCUUCGAGGCGGCCUACCAGAUUGUGCUGGACGCAGCAGCCGGCGGCCUGGGCCAUGCCCACCUCUUCACCGUGGCCCGCUACAUGGAGCACCGCGGCCUGCCUCUGCGGGCCUACAAGCUGGCCACGCUGGCCCUGGCACAGCUCAGCAUCGCCUUUAACCAGGACAGCCACCCCGCUGUCAAUGACGUCCUCUGGGCCUGCUCGCUCAGCCACUCGCUGGGCCGGCACGAGCUUUCAGCCAUUGUCCCGCUCAUCAUCCGGAGCAUCCACUGCGCCCCGAUGCUGUCCGACAUCCUCCGCCGCUGGACCCUCUCAGCGCCCGGCCUGGGUCCCCUGGGGGCUCGCCGGGCAGCCAAGCCACUGGGCACCGACCGGGCGCCUCUCUGCCAGCUCCUGGACGCUGCGGUGGCAGCCUACAUCAACACCAGCCACUCCCGCCUCACGCACAUCAGCCCACGACACUAUGGUGACUUCAUCGAGUUCCUGGGCAAGGCCCGAGAGACCUUCCUGCUGGCACCUGACGGGCACCUUCAGUUCACCCAGUUCUUGGAGACCCUCAAGCAAACGUACAAGGGCAAGAAGAAGCUCAUGCUGUUGGUGCGGGAGCGUUUCGGCUGAGGGGCGCCCGGCAGGUGGUGGGCAGGGUCGCCCUUGGCUCCUGCUUCUGUGCCACCCACUGCAUCGGGCACCUGGACGGGAGGUCCAGUGGCAUCUCAGUAUUGAGUCAGGGAAGGAGCCCCGCUGGAGCCAGGUGGUCUUGCCUGCCAUCCCCCCAGCUGGACGUGGGAUUGGGGGUGGUGUCCUGCCACGUGCGUGCCUAGGAUUAUGCGAGCGAGUGUGCGAGACACAAGGAUCAGAAGCCAUACCACCACCAGGGGCCUAGAAGGGGGGAGCUGGUAUGGCCCCACUUGGGUACCCCAAAAGCAAUAGCAAGCUCCCCCUCCCCAAACUCACAGGCCUGGCUUGGGCUCCAGGGAACUGGGAGGCAGGACUUUCCAGAAACUGGCUCUCAGUCAAUGUAGCAGACCCCCCACUCCCCUCACACACACACACACCCUACGCUGGGUGGCCAGGGGACUUGUGUUAAAGCAUCUAAAUCUCUGUACCCUCCUCUCACUGCCUCAGGAGCCCCCUCCAGGGUAUCCAGCCAGGGCCAAUGGCUCAUCCCCACUGAAGGAUUUAAAGAGGCCUCAGGCCUCGGCCACAUACCUCAACCCCCAUCCGGCCAGGACUCCCAUUCCUGUGGGUACUGGGGUCCCAGGAUGGACCAGGGGGAGGAGGGGUCAUUGCUUCUCCUCCCCUUACCUGCUAGUCACUGGACAUACAACUCAGGAACUGAGCCAGGCUCACACUGUCCUCCAGACCUGGAGACGGCACAGGGAGCCAGGGACUCCCCACCCCAAAUUCGGAAAGGAAAGCGCGGCUGGCCUCUGGGCAUCUUCUGGCUCUGCCUCUCCCUCUCUCCUCCUGUCUCCCUCUCCGCCCCUUCACCUUGCCCUCCCUUUCCGUUUCCUCACCAUCUAGCCUGCCCUCUGUGUCUAAGCCCCAGCUGCUGUCCUUUUGGCCUCCCUACUGUCCCCCCAUCUUUUCCCUCUUGUAAUUAAGGACAAAAGACCACAUGAUUUUAUAACUGUGUUUUUUUCUAUUUAUUGAACUGUAUAUUGUAUUUUCCUUUUCCUUUUUGUUUUUUAAAGAUUGAACACAG